GGUGGGCACCCAGACCCCGCCUCUCGCGAGACUUGGGCUGUUGUUGGUGUUGAGCGAGACCCACCCCCUCCUCCUCCUCCACCGCUUCACGAGGCGCGCGAGGGUCGGUCUCUCUCCACUGCUGCUGUCGCGAUGUUGCCCACGCCGAGGUGGCAGGGAGGGGAGGGUCGCGUCUACGAGCCGAGUGAAGACACCUUCCUGCUCAUGGCGGCGCUGGAGGGCGACGCAGAGCGACUCCGUAGCAGCCGGCCUCUGAUUUGCCUGGAGAUUGGCUCUGGGUCCGGAGUCGUCUCCUGCUUCGUCGCUUCCAUCCUGGGCUCCGCAACGAGCUACCUGACCACGGACAUCAAUCACGAUGCUGCUCACUGCACGAGCGUCACGGCCUCGCUCAACCACGUGACGCUUCAGCCGAUCAUCACCGACCUGGUUCAAGCGCUCCUGCCACGUCUCUCCGGCUGCGUCGACCUCCUGCUCUUCAACCCUCCCUACGUCGUCACGGAAUCAAGCGAGGUGGGGCUGGGUGACGUCUCGAGCUCAUGGGCGGGCGGUGCGAGGGGUCGCGAGGUCGUGGACCGACUCCUCCCGCUGGUGGCGUCGCUGCUGUCGCCCUCGGGGGCGUUCUACCUCGUGUGCGAGCAGCUCAACGCGCCCGGAGAGGUGAUGGCGUGGUUUCGUGAUCGUGGCUUCUCCUCAUCCUCGGUCAACUCCCAGAGAGCCGGAACAGAAAUCCUCUCUGUGCUGAGGAUUGAGCGCUCGACGUCAUAGAGACACAACAACAACAACAACCACGACGCUUGUGCCAGGCCAUGUGCACCUUGAGGCCACGUGAAGUGUCGAACGCCCGCUGGCAGGAGGUCACGGGGCAGACCCAGCAGGUGCCACGGGUCGACUGACUGAGAUGACUGGCUGAUGCGCCACCUGUGCCCCCUACUGUGCCAACUUGCUGUGCUUUAGCCACCCGGCGCUCCGCUCGUUGUUGUGAGUGUCGCUCUUCCGCCCUCCGUUGUUGUUGGAGGGCGACUGCCUCCAACUGCCCAGUAGCGUCCUUCACGAGCCUCCUCCACAGAGGCCGAUCUUGACACCGCUGGUACCAGUCAUCGGCAAGUCCACUCAGCUCCACGUCCUCCUGUACCGCAUCACUCCAUCUCUUCUCUAGCCCGUGCCGCGCCCGUUUAGCCCCCUCGAUCCGGCCGAACAAAAACUGUUUAGGCAUGCGGUGGCUGGGCAUGCGGGCUACAUGACCCAGCCAACGCAGCCUUGCCCGCCGGAGGAGCUCACCGAUGGGACUGAUCUUCCCAGAUCUUUCGUACAAACACACACGGACUCAUAGAGAUGCACACAACAACCGCCAUUUGCCACUGAGUGGCAGUGAUGACACCAUGGCGCUUGUGCCAAGGCUAUGUGCACUGUAAGGCCACUUGAAGUGUCGAAGGCUUGCUGGCAGGUCACAGGACAGACCCAAGUGCCGUGGGUUGACUGACUGAGAUGACUGGCAAAUGCACCACCUGUGCCCCCUACUGUGACAACUUUCUGUGUUUUAGCCACCCGGCGCUUUGCUCGUUGUUGUGAGCAUCGCUCCUCUGCCCUCCGCAGUUGUGAGGGUGACUGCCUCCAACUGCCCAGUAGCGUCCUUCACGAGCCUCCUCCACAGAGGCCGAUACACCAUUGCUACCAGUCAACGGCAAGUCCACUCAACUCCAUAUCCUCUUGUACCGCAAGAAUAAAUCUCCUCUCCAA